UGUUUGUCAACAGCUGUUGAACGAAGUGCUGAAGCAGCUCUCCUUGUUUACAACAACACGUCUGCGCCCUUAACUUGCUGCCAUUGAGAUAGAUCAUCGACAGAUCGAUAAAUAGGUAGAUAGAUCGAUCGAUCGAUCUCCGCCUCAAUUUGCUGUCAACAGCUAUUUCAUUGCGUGCGUGUUGUCAACGAGACGCUUUGUAAGGAAUGUGGCGAUGGACGACUGCAUGCUCAUCAUGAACCGGAUGGGUUCUCUGGGCAGCUCGGCUGCAGCCCAGCGGAGGCGCAUGGCCCUUGGGGUGGUCAUCCUCCUGCUGGUGGACGUCAUCUGGGUGGCCUCCUCCGAGCUGACAUCAUACAUUUUCAGGCGGCAGGAGUACAACAAGCCCUUUUUCAGCACCUUCGCCAAGACAUCCAUGUUGGGGCUCUACUUGCUGGGCUUCCUGCUGUGGCGGCCCUGGAGGCAGCAGUGCGCCGGCUCGCUCAAACGCCGACACGCUUCCCGUUUUGGCCGUACGGAAGCCUACUUUGCGCCCUGCGCCAACGCCGCCGCCAACGACGGCUUGAGCGAACCGCUCUACGUGCCCGUCAAGUUUCCGGACGCGCCCGCCGAGCUCUCCAACGGCUCCGUGGAAACCAAUGGCCAAUCUGCGGCCUGUAAAAAGCAGCGGGUGCGUUUCAGCGACAUGACGGAGGUGCGGCGGCUGCCCUCCACGCAAGCCGUGGAAGCCAAACUGUCACGCAUGUCCUACCCGGCCGCCAAGGACCACGAGGCUGCGCUGCACGCGGCUACCAAGCUGAGCGUCCGCGACGUGGCCAAGCUCAGCUUCUUUUUCUGCUUUGUGUGGUUUCUGGCCAACCUGUCGUACCAGGAGGCCCUCUCGGACACACAGGUGGCCAUCGUCAACAUUUUGUCGUCCACCUCAGGCCUCUUCACGCUCAUCUUGGCCGCCGUCUUCCCCAGCAGCAGCAGCGACCGCUUCACGUUGUCCAAAUUGCUGGCGGUGGCGCUGAGUGUGGGAGGCGUGGUCUUGGUCAGCCUGUCAGCCUUGGAGCGGCCCGACGACAAAGGCGCCGCGGGUUCCUUGUGGUCCCUGGCCGGGGCCCUUUUCUACGCCGUCUACGUGGUCAUGAUCAAGAGGUGGGCGGAUGGCGAGGAGAAGCUGGACAUCCCCAUGUUCUUGGGCUUCGUGGGGCUCUUUAACCUGCUGCUGCUGUGGCCGGGCUUCCUGCUGAUGCACUACGCCGGCUUGGAGGCCUUUGAGAUCCCCGGCCGGCUGGUGUGGACCUACAUCUUGCUCAACGGCCUCAUCGGGACAGUCCUCUCUGAGUUCCUGUGGCUCUGGGGCUGCUUCCUGACUUCGUCGCUCAUCGGGACGCUGGCCCUCAGCCUCACCGUGCCGCUCUCCAUCUUGGCCGAUAUUUGCACGCAGAAGGUGACGAGCGCGCUGGCAGCUGGCGCACGCAGGAACCAAACAUUUUGGGCCUUGCAGGUGCGCUUCUCCUGGCUGUUCUUGGCAGGGGCGGUGCCCGUCUUCCUCUCCUUCUUCAUGGUCACACUCUUGUGCCACUACAACAACUGGGACCCGGUGACGGUGGGCUUGAGGAGACUCCACGCCUUUGUUUUUCGAGCACAUCGCGUUCACAGGCUUCCCGAGGACCGGGAGCUGUGCGAAAGCCUUCUCCCUUUGCACGCCGUCUCCAUGAACCAAAGAAGCCCGUGCUCGUGAUCUGCUCUAUGAAAAACCUGCUCGCCGUCCGCCCAGCCGCCGCAGAGACGAUGGAGCCGGCCCGUGCCUCUAUUUUCAGUGCUUCAGUGGCAGCGGCUUUUGACUUUUUGACUGGGUUCAGUGGCAACCCAAGAGGUCCGGGCGCCGGCGGAGGACUGGAGCGGGACUCGUCACGCUUCCUUUUGCUUUUCCUUUGGCGAGAUUAAAAGAAAGGAUGAGUGCAACCACAACAUCAAUUUUGGGGCCGCUGUCAUUCCAGACUUUUUAUUGGGUAGUAAUGAGAAGAAUUUGAAAAGAUUUGAUGAUGAACCUGCCAGUAUUGUUUCCUGAACGGCUUCAGCACUUGACCUUUGGGACAAACGUGUUCCUUCUUCUCGUGUGACGCGGCGCCAUUGGUUUGAAAACACUUGAUUCCAGUUUCUUGUCGUUUUGCCUUGAUUGUUGGAGGGAAAAAUGCCAAUCAUUUCUUUUUGUUGACCAUCAUCUUGUUCUUUGAUUUGACGGAUUCUCCUUCUCGGGUUCAACACAAUUAAAGACUUUUUAAUUGCUGU